UAUAAAAUUGUAACAAGUGUUGAAUUGGAUAUAUGUAACGUAUGUGAAUAAUUUAUUUCAUUUCAUUGACUUCUCUUACAAGAAAUUAUUUCAUUAUCAUUAUUUAGCAAGUCAAGCUUUUUAAAGAGCUAUUUCAUAACAAAUUAUCCUUCUAACAAACUCAGCUUUCAUAAUUCUUUUAUAACCUAAUCAAUGGAGAGAAUGUUUAGUUUGCUAUAUGAAGCCGCACACGAAGGAAACGUUGUCACUUUACGAGAACUUCUUCAACAAGACAGAUUGAUUCUCGAUAGGCUCAUCUUUAUCAACAAUAAUAAUAAUUUCUCUGAGACUCCUCUUCAUGUAGCGGCUAUGCUCGAUCAUGUAGAUUUUGUUAAGGAGAUCAUCAUUCGCAAGCCUGAGCUCGCCAAAGAACUUGACAUGUGGGGUUCAUCACCGCUCCAUGUGGCCUCUGCAAAGGGCCACCUUAAGACGAUCAAAGUAUUACUUUCGAAUAAUAUUGAUCAUGAAGUCUUGUGUUAUGCUUGGGAUAGAGAAGGGAGAAACCCUUUGCACCUUGCAGCUAUGAGAGGAAAAAUUGACGUGUUGAGAGAGCUACUCAGAGUGGCUCCGAAGGCAGGUCAAGUUAAUUUAGCAGGCCGGAGUGAAAAUAUUUUGCAUGUUUGUGUGAAAUAUAAUCAAUUCGAAGUUUUGAAGUUUAUGGUGAACGUUAUGGAUGAUUAUCAUUUUUUGAAUGCUAAGGAUGAUUAUGGCAUGAACAUUUUACAUUUAGCUGUGGCUCUUAAGCAAAUUGAGAUAAUAAAGUAUUUGGUUACAAAUACUAGAAUUGAAGUUAAUGAUGUCAACGCAAACAAAUUUACAGCUUUGGACAUCUUGGCUCAGAGUCAAAGAAGCGAGAAAGAUUUUGACAUUUCAGAAUGUCUUCGAUCUGUGGGAGCUUCACGAACCAUAGAUCCACCCUUACCAACACAUAGACCUAAUCAAGUCAUAAAUAACAUCAAGGUUCAUCACGUUAACCGAAAAGAGAAAUUUCAAGAAGAGAAAGUAAGAAAACCAGAAAAUUGGCUAACUAGAAAGCGAGAAUCACUAAUGGUCGUCGCAUCCCUCAUUGCCACCAUGGCUUUUCAGGCUGGAACAAAUCCUCCAGGCGGUCUCUGGCAAGAUGAUAACUCAUCUACGCCAGUUUCCAAUGUCACAAUAGCCGACUCUCCAUCUAAUAAUCACUUUGCUGGAGAGUCAAUAAUGGGUUACUACAAGAACAAAACUUUUUUAUAUCAUUCAUACUUAUAUAGUAACACUGUAGGGUUUGUUGGAUCAUUAAGCAUAAUCUUACUACUCGUCACAGGCUUGCCUUUUUGUCGCAAAUUCUUCAUGUGGAUUCUAACCGUGAUUUUGUGGGUCACCAUAACAGCUAUGACCAUUACUUAUGUUAUCGCCAUUUGUGUUGUCGCUCCAAAUAAUAAUAUGAACAUUGUCGUUCGUGUGGUUUUGAUUUUAAUAAUAAGUUGGGGCGGGGUUAUGAUUGUAAUUGCACUACUCCAUACAAUUCGUCUUGCCAUAAUUCUUUUUAAAUGGUUGCUAAAUGUUUUCAUGGCAAGAAGGAAGAAAUUCAUCCUUACAAAUUGGGAUUCUUCAAUGUAAUAAUAUUGGUGCUAUAUUUUUUAGCUAGCUUCUAAUAAUGUUUUAUUCUUAAAUUCAUCCUUACAAAACAGGAGUACCAAAUUAUAUUUAGAGUAUUAUUAUGAGGCACUUACUUAUGAUGUCAAAUACUACAAUAAAGUGUUACCUUAUAAUUAGUUAGCAAUUUUUUAUAAUAUUUAUUAAAGUAAAAUAAAUAAGAUUCGAUAUUAAAUUACACCAAUAACAAUAUUAUACCUUAUAAAAAUAUUAAACUAAUAUUCUUUAGCAUUUCUGUUAUUUUUAACAUUAUUUCUAGUACGUACCAUAUUCUUGGAAAAAUCUAAAUGUGUAAAAUAGUACAUACCAAUGUAGGGCAUCUAUCACAUGGCUUUGUCCACGUAAAAAUGUAUAAUAUAUUAUAUAUGCACUUAUCAACAAAAUUUAUUCACUUCUCUUCCAUAAAAAAACAAAAAACAAAAAUUAUUGAAGAGUUGCAUAUACAAACAAAAAAUCACUUGAUAAAAAUUUAGUUAUAAUAGGGCACGUGUCAACUCAAUAAUAAGCCCUAUUUAUAAAACAUGUUUCAACACAUUAAUAGCCACGUUUCAAAACAGUCCUUAUGUUCACAAACUUCACCCCACACAAUUAUUAUGCAAAAGUAUAUGGUUAAUAUGACAUGAGAUCAAAAUGUUAGGUAGAUAGCAUUUAUGUAAAUUUUUUAACAUUAGUAAAAAAGUGCA